AUGGGCAAAAUCAACUACGCUACCGGAAUUGCUAUUCUCCAAUUUAUCAUUUAUCCAUUUGUCUUCGCCGCGUCCUUAUUCGUCUGGAAACGAACAGGAUGGAGAGUUGGCAGCAAGAUCUGGCGUUAUCCCGCCGUUCUCUCUUUACUGAGAAUCGCCGGUAGCAUCUCUACUUUUAUUGCAAUCGAUCAUAACUCUACGCAAGUUCAAAUUGCUAUUGCAGUGUGCCAGCUGAUCGGAAUUGCACCUUUGGUACUUACUUACGUGGGAAUAUUGCGUCAAAUUGAUUUUGAACAGAAGAUGCCCCCAAGGCGCCUCACAAUCGUAACUCUGGUCGCCCUCAUCGGCUUGAUUCUCGCUAUCGCUGGAGUCUCCACUGCCAAAACCUCCCCAGGCGAAACUUACAAGCCCGGGACACUCGUCAAGGUAGCGAUGGCUAUCUUCCUCGUUAUAUUCGCCGCCACGAUGCUUUUGAGCGUUUGGCUCUUCUAUUCGCUCUCCUUUUCUCUGUUACGAUUCCAGAAGAAGUUGUUCCUCGCCAUCGCCCUAUCUGCUCCUUUCUUGGUGGUCCGAAUGGUCUACUCUGCGCUCUCAGACUUCACUACCAUCAAGGAAUUUGCACUUGGCCAAAACGAGACUGUCUACCUCUGCAUGUCUGUAUUAGAAGAAAUCGUUGCCAACAUCAUUGUCCUGAGCUUUGGUAUCUCGGCUGUCCUCCAGCCAGACUUUGUGAAGCUUAAUGCGGAGCAAAUGAAGGAGAGAGAUCAACAGCACCCGGACGAGGGAAAGCCUCUUAGUGGGCAAGACUACAACACCGCUUACAAUGGAGCCAAUGCAGCUUACAACUCGGCCAUCCACGGAGCUCAGAACACUGCCUACAAUCCUGCCUACCCUGGAGCUCAGCAUAACACUGCUUAUGACCCAGUUUAUAACGGAGCUCCAGCUCCUGCUUAUCAUGGAGCUCAGAACGUUUAG